CCCAUGACAGUUCAGUGGAGCCGUUGGCAGUUUUGAUAUCUCGGGUAUAGAUUCUGGAAACCAACACCACGUAAAACUGUGGUCUGUGCUUGCAAGAUUAUCUUGAUAUCCACAAGCAUGAGAAAUGCAGCUUUUGAAAAAGAGGACAGUUUUAACUCUGACAUCUUCAGUUAUCUAAAAGCAAGCCAGUCCCAGGAUAAGGACAGCAGCAGGUGAUAUAAUGCGGAAACCAGGCCCUCAGAAAGCCAUAGACUGGAAAGAUGGUAAGAAGCACAAGUACAGCCGCCCGUCAGAGUCUCCCUCCCAGUACCAAGGUCACUUCACCUGGGAGAAAUACCUGAAAGAGACAUGUGCCAUCCCAGCUCCUGCCCAUUGCUUCAAGCAGUCAUACACUCCACCUGCAAAUGAAUUCAAGAUCAGUAUGAAACUAGAAGCCCAGGACCCCAGGAACACCACCUCCACUUGCAUUGCCACGGUGGUGGGUCUGACAGGGGCACGCCUCCGCCUGCGCCUCGAUGGCAGCGAUAACAAGAAUGACUUCUGGCGGCUGGUGGACUCUGCUGAAAUCCAGCCCAUAGGAAACUGUGAGAAGAAUGGAGGGAUGCUGCAGCCUCCACUGGGCUUUCGGCUGAAUGCCUCCUCUUGGCCCAUGUUCCUUCUGAAGACUCUGAAUGGAGCAGAGAUGGCUCCUGUCCGGAUUUUUCACAAGGAACCACCAUCUCCAUCCCAAAACUUCUUCAAGACAGGUAUGAAGCUGGAGGCAGUGGACAGGAAGAACCCUCACUUCAUCUGCCCGGCCACCAUUGGGGAGGUGAGAGGUUCUGAGGUCCUCAUAACAUUUGAUGGCUGGAGAGGUGCCUUCGAUUACUGGUGCCGAUAUGAUUCCCGGGACAUCUUUCCCGUAGGCUGGUGCUCGCUGACUGGAGAUAAUCUGCAGCCCCCUGGAACAAAAGUUGUGAUUCCAAAGAGCCCUUUACCUGCCUCCGAAGUAAACUCGGAGAAACCUAGCAUGCACAGUAGCACAAAGACUGUUUUGGGGCAUCAACAAGGGCAAAGGCGUCGCAAAACAGGGAAGAAGCGUGGUCGAACGACCAAAGCGCUAAUCCAUCACCCCAUGCCUACACCCUCCAAGUCAGUGGAGCCUUUGAAAUUCCCCAGAAAGAGAGGCCCCAAGCCUGGCAGUAAGAGGAAACCUAGGACAUUGCUGAACCCAGCACCCACCUCUCCAACAACCAGUACCCCAGAACCAGACACAAGCACUGUGCCUCAGGACGCUGCUACAAUCCCCAGCUCUGCCAUGCAGGCUCCCACAGUUUGCAUUUACUUGAACAAGAACGGCAGCACUGGGCCCCACCUAGACAAGAAGAAAGUUCAGCAGCUGCCGGACCAUUUUGGACCAGCUCGAGCUUCUGUUGUCCUGCAGCAAGCAGUACAGGCCUGCAUUGAUUGCGCUUAUCAUCAGAAAACAGUCUUCUCCUUCUUAAAACAAGGCCACGGGGGAGAGGUCAUCUCAGCUGUGUUUGAUCGGGAACAGCACACUCUGAACCUGCCAGCAGUAAACAGUAUCACCUACGUCCUCCGCUUCCUGGAGAAGCUCUGCCACAAUCUUCGCAGUGACAACCUCUUUGGGAACCAGCCAUUCACUCAGAACAGCCACAUGCAGCGCUCACACGAGUACGACCACGACAGGUAUCUACCAGACAGAAGCAGUUCGUUAGACGGCACUCUGCAGGGACCAGGCCGGGGUACAAAGCGAUAUUCCCAAGAUUCCCCUCCAUACAGUGCUCCUCUCUCCCCCAAGUUACCAAAGAAUGACCGUCACCCUUUGGAAGGUGAAACCUUUGUUCUGGGAGAUGGCCUCCCAGGGCCCUUGGAGCCUCGCCUGGACCCCAUGGACUCUGCCUUGAACUCUGUCAAUUCAUCCAGCCACAGCAGGAGCUCCAGAGACUAUCGCCUGCAAGGAUACAGGCACCUGCACCAACCCUCUAGCCUCACCCAGGGCAGUACCUCUGCCUUGCGUAGGCUUAGCUCUGGGGGUUCAGACAGAUACCUUGGAUCCCGAGACGUCUCGCGGCUGAGCAGCCGCGACCCUUCGUCCUGGACGGUGGAGGAGGUGAUGCAGUUCAUACGAGAAGCAGAUCCACAGCUGGGACCCCAUGCUGACCUCUUCCGGAAACAUGAGAUCGAUGGGAAAGCCCUGCUCUUGCUGCGGAGUGACAUGAUGAUGAAGUACAUGGGGCUGAAGCUGGGGCCAGCCCUGAAGCUCACUUACCACAUUGACAAGCUAAAGCAAGGCAAGUUCUGAGAGGACGCUUGGCAGGACGGAUCCUGGAAGCUCCGCUCCUGGCCAUCCAUACCCACGCUCGCCUGCCGACAGGUACGCAUGCACACACACCCACUUACGCCGCAGACGGACGCCUCA